AUGAUUAAAACAUUUAGUUUACAGUAUGUGUCUCAAGAAAUUGAGCAGUUGUAUCGUUAAUCAAUGCUGACAGGUCUAAAACAUAGAAGGGAAUAUUUGUAUGCAGUAGUGAGCAUCUAUUUAAUUCUAAUAAUAAUAAAGUACCAGAAUUAGAUGCCAAUAAUAUUUGCUAGCGUUAGUCUAGCAUUAAUAAUCAUUUGCUAUAUAGCCAUGAAGAAGUAUCAAUAAUACAAAGAGAUCUUUGUUGUUACAAAUAUACUUAUAAUGAGUGCAGUAAUUGAAAGUCUAAGGCUUUUUGGAUAAGAAUCAAGCCAAUGGUCUUAUGGUUAUCAUUCAUCCGUUUUAAAAAUGUUCAUCUAUCUAAGUGGUUCCUCAUUCAUCUUUUAAACUUUUUUUUUCUUACUAACUUAAAUGGCCAGCUUUUAUAAGCUCUAAACAUAUGAUCCAUAGACGAUCAUCUCACACUGCCUUAUAACUAUUUUAAUUGUUUUAUUAAGAUAUUAGUAUGAAAUGAUAAGCAGAAACCACUUUUUAGUUAAUUUAUCCAAAGUUCAAUAUGAAAAUAUUUUAGAAGACUUAUUGCCUACUUGGGUUGUAAUUGUGAAAUAUAAUAAAUAAGCAGGCUAAUUGGAUAUUGAAAAGAUCAAUAAACAUCUAAAAGAAAAGUUCAAUUUAUAAAACAACGAAAUGUUAAGAGAUUUUUUAAGGAAAUUAGUAUUUUUUGAUAUGGAAAAUCAAAUAACAUAAUAAUUUAUAAAAAUAGAACAUGAAAUAAUUAAAGAGCUUAAAUUGAAAAAUGAAGAUCAUCCUAUUCAAAAAUAUUUUGCUAUUCUAGAAGACCAACAUAACUCGAAAUUAUGGAAGUUCAGAGUAACUUAAGUAUAUUUCAAUACCUUUUAACCUUAAGUUUUAUUGUUCUUUGAAGAAAUUCAAGAGGAUAAAUAUGAUUAUUACGUAAAUGCAAUCGAGCAAAGGGAUAAAUAAUUAUAUUAUAAUGCCAAAUUAAAUUUGAAAUAAAUUAAUAAUUAACUUGAAAACAUUCAAUAAUUUUAUCAUGAAAUAUAAAAACAUGAAUGCUUAACACAUGUGCUGCAAAACCUAAAACAAUAACUGCAAUUAAAUUAUUUCCUUUUCAAUUUAAAUAGCAACCUAUUUAAUUAAUAUUAAAUUUCAUAUAGACAAAUUAAGAGCGAUGUAAGUAUCUUCAAAUUGAACUAAUUCAUUAAAGAUGUCUGUCUUAACCUUCAAAUAGAAUAAAAAUAGGAUAAAUAGGAGGAUCAAAAUUUAAAUUACAAGGACAUAUAUUUACAGACUGACAAAUAAAAACUCAUUUCAAUUAUUAUGAACCUCGUUUAAUUUAUUAAACUGCUGCUUUCUAUUAUUUAUUGUGAGACCAAUAUUUUAUACCAAGCCUAGCCUCUAAAUAAACCAAUUCAGAUUUCGAUAAAGCAAUCAAAAGAUUUUGAUGACUCUCUGCAAUUUUCUAUCACUCAUCCUAGUUUAAAUAUUAACAAUUCGAUAGUAACAUAAUUAUAAGAUAUUCAACCAUUCUCUUUGGAUGACGAUAAGAGGAAUUGGGAAUACAAAAAUUAUUUUGAUUAAAUCAUUAGUAUAAACCAAACCUUGUAAUAAAUGUUGAAUAUGUAUAAAAAAGAAAUAUCUUCAUUUUAAUGUAUUUCAGUUGAAAAUUCAAAAUUAAGUAACCCUUAAAAUUAAAAGGUCAAUAAUCAAAUCAGCUAGUAAGAAUAUAACACUAUUGGAUAUAUUAUAGCUCAAUACUUCGUAAGUAGGCUAGGUCCAUAAAAUAAGUUUAAUUUCAAAUAGACUUGUUAUGACUUUGAAAAAUUUAAUACAUCUUAAUUCAUAGGAUUACAAUAAACUAAGAUACAGUUCUCUAUAUAUAAAAACUAUUUAAGUUUUUAAAAAGAAAUAGUAAGUAAUGGAUUAGAUUAAAUUUUUGAGAAUGAUGCCUAAAUUUAAUCAGAAAGGAUGACAAACUAAGAAAUCUUUUAGAAAUUAUAUCAAUUAACUCGCAAAUCAAAAUGA